UUAACACGCGACAGCUCACGAGAACUGCAUGGAAUAUCUAAUAUCUACUGCUGAUGAGCAUCUAAAACUUUUUGCACAAACUGUACAACUCGAUUACCAACAGUGAUAAGAAGGUGUGCUAUAUACGAGGGGUGGUCCACAUCCUUUUUGUUGUCGGUUUUGUGUUCCCUUGACGAGGACGUGUUUUCCCUUGGAAAACAUUUCCCAUUGGAAAGGAGAAGACAGUCAGUUCGAGUUGUUAGGAUGACGAUGAAUCUUAAAUUUUAUAGAUGCUCUACAUUGUGAACAAGCAGAGAAAUUGUGAUUAAAUCAGAGUUUUAUCGUUGAUUAGCCGGACGUUAUCAAUUUCAACGUGUAAUAGGAACGGGCAGAUAAAUUGAGUGAAGUGAUAGUGAAAGUAAACAGACUUCCGAUUUUGGAAGUAAACACCACGAAAACAUGUCGGCAACAAAAACUUCAUCGGUAGAUCGUGAACGUGAUUAUAUUGGAUUCGCAACUCUACCAGAACAAGUGCACAGGAAAUCGGUAAAAAGAGGUUUCGAUUUCACGUUGAUGGUGGUUGGGGAGUCCGGACUGGGCAAGUCGACGCUCAUAAACAGCCUAUUUCUGGGUGACCUAUAUAAGAAUCGCUUCAUUCCAAAUGUUGAGGAUCGGAUUGAAAAGACGACGAGGAUUGAAAAGAAAACGAUGGACAUAGAGGAGAAAGGUGUUAGGCUAAGGCUGACUGUAGUUGAUACGCCUGGGUUUGGGGACGCUAUCAACUGUGAAGAUAGCUGGCGGGUGUGUACAGCGUAUAUUGAUGAACAGUUUCGUCAAUAUUUCACGGAUGAAAGCGGCUUGAACAGGCGAAAUAUACAGGACAACCGAGUGCAUUGCUGUUUGUACUUUGUACCGCCAUAUGGACAUAGUAUUCGUCAAAUGGAUAUCGAUCUAAUGCGUCGUCUCCAUCGAAAGGUCAACAUCGUACUAGUCAUAGGAAAAGCUGAUUGCCUAACACAAACUGAAAUCAAAAAGCUCAAGGCUCGAAUCCUUCAAGACUUAGAGGACAACCAUAUUCAGUUAUAUCAAUUUCCGGAUUGUGAUUCUGACGAGGACGAAGAAUUCAAACAACAGGAUCGAGAGUUGAAAGCGAGCAUUCCUUUUGCAGUAGUUGGCAGUAACGUGAUUCUCGAUAUCGCAGGCAAAAAGGUCCGAGGAAGACAGUACCCAUGGGGCGUAGUGGAUGUUGAAAAUCCAUUGCACAGUGACUUCAUUAAACUUCGAACCAUGCUGAUUUCGACGCAUAUGCAAGAUCUCAAGGAUACCACACAAGAUGUUCACUACGAGAACUUCCGAGCUCAAUGCAUCUCACAAAUAUCGCAACAUGCACUUCGGGAACGAGGCAAACUGAAACGUGAUUCAAUGGGAUCCAAUGGCUUCGAUAGCUCAAUAACGGAAACAGAUAGACUUUUGCUGCAAAAGGACGAAGAAAUUCGACGCAUGCAAGACAUGCUGACACAGAUGCAGGAGCGCUUAAAGGCCACCCACCUAUUGGAGAUGAAAAAGAACGAUAGCGUAAUAGACGUUUAGGCCUGUACUCUUAAAAAUCUUAACCCAUUUAUCCGGAUUCAUAAAAAGUAUUGACCUUCUCCGAAGAAUCGAUAAUAAGCAUUGAUCUGAGUCGAAUCGAAAUGUUUGGGAUCCUAGUGAAAUCGAAAUGCGUUUCCUUCCUAAUGCCUAGCUUCUACUCCUUUCACUUAUUAAACUAGCACAUUUGCCUCAGCUUAUCGAUAACGAAUUAGACUCUUCAAGAAACUUUGUAUCAUCAAAGAAAACCACAACGAAUCGAUAAGGUGCGAACCGUGCACAACUCUUUUCCAUACGAACAUCUCUGGAGAAAUGCUUUCUCUUCAGCCCAGCGCAAACAAGCUCGACUCUAAGCAGAUAAGUUUUUCUUAAAUUUGACUCUGUCUUAAUUUUAAGUCGCACAAAACUAUCCUAAUAUUCACCACAAUGUGGACUCUACCUUAGUGUAGCGAACUAACCAGAAGUAAAACGAGAAGAACUAAAUGAGUUGAUUUACAACCAAAUUAAAAUUAUAUAUCGAAGUCAUAGUAGAUACUCUGUAUAAUCGCUAUGAGCAAAAGUACCAGUUUAAAAGUAGCUACUUUUCUAUAAAACCAAAUACGAUGCCAGUUUAUUCAUUUCAAUAUUUUACUUAAACUUCUAUUGGAACUUUGAAUGUCUUUGCCACCAUUUUCACGAUUACCUCCAGUAGUCAGUCAACCGAAAAGUAAUGAAAGGAUCAAAACGAACCCAAAACCCACCAAAAAUAGUAAGAGACCGCAACAUGACUUUUUUCAGAUGCAAAUUCCAGUGCCUGCAGGGUCUAAUUGAAACAGUUUUUUAGUAGAUGCAUGAAACGAUGAAAUGAUGAGAAGCAAUCAAAUGCAACACACAAUGUCUUGCAUUUAUUACUUUCUUCUUUAGUUUAAAUUAUUUAUAAAUGAAAGAUUGUUUAUAUUAUAUUAUGUAUCAUAAGUUGUUGAAAGUAUUUAAUUAGAAUUUUAUUUUCCAUAUUUAUUUUUUGGAUUCGAUUUAUAUUAUGAAAGGUGAAUAAAUAUUGAGUUAUUUAUUAAUGUAA